UUCGAGCCUUUCCCGCAUUGCGAGAUCACAGUUUACAGAAAGAAGUGCAAAGCGUCGAGCAAAAUGUCGAGAUACUCACCAAGUAGAAGAGAGAAAACCGUACCACGACUUUACGUUGGAAGGCUACCAAGCCGAGCCAGUGAACGAGAUAUCGAAAGAUUAUUUAAGGGCUAUGGUCGUCUGAGGGAAAUCAACCUAAAAAGUGGAUAUGGAUUCGUGGAUUUUGAAGAUUACAGAGAUGCAGAUGAUGCUGUUUAUGAUCUGAAUGGAAAGGAGUUCAUGGGUGAAAGGGUAAUUAUUGAGCAUGCCAGAGGUACUGAGCGGGGUCGUGGUGGAGCUUUCACAAAUGUUGUGAAGAGCAGAAAACAAAGAGCAUUAGAAAGGUAUGGUCCUCCAUUGAAAACAACCAAUAAACUAAUUGUAGAAAAUCUGUCCACCAGAGUCAGCUGGCAGGAUCUAAAGGACUACUGCAGACAAGCUGGGGAAGUUACUUACGCUGAUGCUCACAAACACAAGCGUGGUGAAGCAGUCAUAUGCUUUGCUUCUUACGAAGAUAUGAAGAAUGUUAUCAGAAAGCUUGAUGGCACAGAGUUGAAUGGAAAACGUAUACGAAUGGUAGAGACUGAAAGAAGGUCGCGUUCUCGUUCAAGGAGUUAUUCAAGGGGCAGAAGAUCUCGUUCAAGGUCCAGGUCCCGAUCCAGAUCAAGGCACCGCUCUUACUCACGGUCUCGAUCUCGAUCCAGUCAACGCAAGUCCGCCUCCCGCAGCCCACGCAAGUCAAGAUCUAGAAGCUCUCGACGCUCCGCCUCACGCAGUCCACGAAGGUCGCGAUCUCGUUCGCGUUCCCGCUCUAGAUCCGCAUCCCGAUCUAAGUCACGCUCACGUUCCCGAUCCAAAAGCCGUUCUGCGUCACCACAAAGGGAUGAUGCCGACGAUAAUUAAUGCUUCUUAGUAAGCAGAAACUCUGUUAGUGACUGUGACUGUGAGGUUUGAAGAUGGAAACUAAACAACAGACAUACCCCCUACCCUUUUCUUCUACUUCAAGGCAAGACAAACUCUCGUCACUGCUUUAGGGCUAUGUUUUAGCUAGCUGUUUGAUUGUCAAUGAAGCGUACAAAUCUAUGUGACAAACUUGUUUAUAUCGCUUUAGAGACCGGUGUAGCUUUGCAUUUAGGGAAUGUAUUAGUCCUCUUUGUCCAUUUUGUGAUAUGAUAGUAAACGGUUUUGGUGCACGCGAUUUUCGCUCACCAAUGACUUUUUAUCAGAGACCGUUAGAGAAAGGUUUUUCAUUUUUACUUGUAGUUUCUUUGAUUAAUGAUUGUGUAUCAUUAUGUUUAAAAAUAAUUUUCAUAACA